CGGUUCGAAGAGUAAAGAGCUUGUCAUUCAACAGUGAAAAGCUGAUCGGUAAGGAGCAAAAAAGGAAGUGAAAAAAGGUGAAAAUUUAAGGAAAAGUUUUAAGUUUGUAAAGUGAACAAAAAAUCUUAAUUUUUUGGUUUUUGAGAGGAUUUUUUUAAUUUUUGUGGAAUAUAAGAAAUUUGAGUGAUAAGAACUAAAAGGAAGUGAAGCUAUAAACAUAAAAUUUUUUUGUGGAGUUAAAAAAUAAUAAAGGACAUAAAAUAUGAGAAAGUUUCUUGUCGCAUUACUUAUAACCAUCAUUUAUCACGCAGAGGCAAAAUCAUGGCCCGGUAUGGUAGUGAGGAGGAGUUCAUUAGAGACACUUAUACCAAAAAAUGUUCACACACUUACAGAUUGUAUGCACGUGACAUCAGAGGAAGGAAUAUUCAUCUACCGAAAAGUGAGAAAAAAUUCAUUCCUUCGAGCGUCAUCAGAAGGUUUACACUUAGUGGAGAUGGAUCAACCAAAUGAACAGCAAGUUUGUGGUGUGUAUUUAAUGACGGAUCCUGAUAAAAUUGUUGAAGUGGAAGUCGAAUUUUCCGAUGUCAGCUGUGAGUUUGGCGGCUUGUUAGGGUUUGUCGAUGGAUGGGAAUUGAAUGGUGAAUACUUUCCAAAUAUAAAUGAUCAUGAAUUGCCAUUGGAACAGCGAGUUUAUGAGUUUUGCGACAAGACAACAGCAAAUCCAUUCACAAGGAAAGCACUUCGAAAGAGGAAAUUUAUUUCUAAUCAAAACGGCGCUGUCUUUCAAUAUAAAAUUCCAUAUCAAGGAUCUUUUGCUAUCUCUGUUAGAUACGUUCACAAUCCCAAGCCAUGCAACAUAAUGGUUGAAGGAGUCGCACCAUACUACACUUUACAAAAUUAUGGAUCUAAUCGAAAUUGUACGUUAACAGCUCUCUUCCCGGCAGUUAUUUCAGUUCUUGCUGUUGAUGUUGGCGGUAGUAAAGGAAAUGUCAAUUAUGAUUGCGAUCACCAAACCUAUUCAGAUAAAAUAAUUGUCGGCGGUUCAAGUGGACUCGACUCAAGUCAAAUGACAAAAUCAUCAGGCAUAUGCGGAAAGACAGAUGUCAAAGGGCCAGAACAAGCGAUCUUUUGUGGUGUCACAUCAGUGCGAUUGGAAUCAAGUGGAAAGUACAAUAAUAAAGUAUUUGUAAAUGUAAGGCAGGCUGAUGAGAAUGACUUAAACGUGGCCACAGCUGUUUGUGAUUUGUAAAUUAAGGAAGAAGGAACAAUUUUUUUUGGGAGAGAAAAAGAAAAAAUUUCUGUUGGAGAGCAAAAAGGCAGCCAUAAAAUGAUGAAUAUAAAUACAUAUAUUUUUCUCAAGCAUUACACAACAAUGGAUAAUACUAGAAAAUAAGAUGAUGAUGAAGGAAAACAUGACGAUGAUGAUGAUGAAAAUAAAAUAUUCAUUCUGUUGUGGCAAAUUAUGGACAUGAAAAUAAAAAUAAAAACACAUAAAAAGCUGUUUUCUGUUAAUUUAUUUCUCCUUUAUCCACUCUAAAUGUUUAAAAAAAUAUACUGAAAAAAAAACUUUAUCGAAUGAUGGAAUCAGAGAGCAGGAUGCGGUUGAGUUUUGUUGGAGGAAUUUAUAAAUGAUGUAAAUAGACAUAAAUUAUAUUGAGACAUAAAAUUAUAUCAAAAAAGGAAAAGAAAAUUGUGAAAAAGGAGAGAAAAUUUUGAUUUUUUAUUUAAUUUUUUAGUUCCUAUUAAUUAUUUAAAUUGACAAAUGAAUGUAUAUUGAUGAUGAUGAGAGAAGGAAAAGAAAAACU